AUGGUAAGCGAAAAUCAUACGACGACGUUUCUACUCUUCAUCACCACCUUUCUCUUCAUUUUCCGAUCAAUCUCAGCCGUCAAAUUCCCUCCACGACCAAACACAGCAACAACCAACGACCUAGAUUUCAUCAGAACAAGCUGCAACGCCACUCUAUACCCUGACGUGUGCUUCACGUCUCUAGCCGGCUACGCCUCCGCCGUUCAAGAUAGUCCAGCGAGGCUAGCCAAACUCGCAAUCGGAGUCUCCUUGUCUCAAGCCAAAUCCACUGCCACUUUUCUCUCCAAACUCUCACGUUCGGCCGCCGUAACCGCGGUUGCAUCCGACGGCCACCAAACCGCUUCCGCCGCGAUCCGUGACUGCGUUUCGAACGUUGAAGACGCGGUUGACGAGAUGAGAGGAUCUCUCCGACAGCUACGCGACAUGAACGGCGGAGGCGUUGCGGCGGCUAGGAGAUCGGUGGAGACGUUUAGGUUUCAGAUGAGUAACGUACAAACAUGGAUGAGUGCAGCAUUGACCGAUGAGGACACGUGUACGGAUGGAUUUGAAGAUAUGGAGGAAGUAUUAGGAGGAGUGAUUAAGAGAAGCGUUUGUGAUCGAGUUGAUGAAGUGAAAAGGUUAACGAGUAAUGCUCUUGCACUUGUUAACACUUAUGCCAACAAUGGAACUCCGUGA